CACUGAUAAUUGGCACUGACUGGCAUCACUGCUGGGCACUGACUAGCAGCAUUGCUGGGCACUGACUGGCACAACCUCUGGGCACUGACUGGUGGCACUGACUGGCAGCACUGCUGGGCUGCACUGAUGGGCAGUGGUGGGUGGCACUGGUGGGCACAGGUGGGUGGCACUGGUGGGCACAGGUGGGUGGGCACAGGUAGGUGGUACUUCUGUGCACAGGUGUGUGACACUGCUGGGUGGCACAGGUGGGUGCACUGCUGGGCACAGGUGGGGGGAACUUGUGGGUGGCACUGCUGGGCACCAAUCAUCAGGGCACUGAUCAUCAGUGCCCUGAUGAUUGGUGCCGAUCCCUGCUCUAACAACUGCCGGUUCUCAGCAGUACUUUCCUCACGAUCUGACCGCGUGAGAAAAGUGCAGCCGAGAACCGGCAAUUGC